UCAGUGCACAUAAGAUGCAGCGAUGCUCAGACCUAAAUGCGUGUCCUAUAGGCUACAUUUUCUCUCAUCCAUAGAACAGUCAUUCGUUGCCAUGCGCUGUGCUGAGGGUAGACUAAGGGAGAUAAGAUGAUAACAGCAGGGUAUACAUCGUUUAACACUUCGAUUCGUGACAUGGCACUUGUUUACUUGUUGCAAAGGGACUUCCAUACGUGCUGGCGCGGGACGAGCUAUUAUGUUGCCAUUCCAAGCAAAGAGAGACAGAAAACAUCGGCAGCAUUGUCUACAAUAGCCCCUUGUAUACCUCGGUACACGCGCUGUGCAGACCAAUGGGCUAUUCAACCAAGGAAGCUUGAGGAUAAAACUAAGAUUCCCUAAAAAAUUGGGGUGCUGACUGUUAGUCUCUGAUUACACCGACACUAAUUCCCAGGCCACCCUUAAGGAAUGAGACCACGUGAUGUAGCGGGGCGGUCGAACUACAAGCCAUUUUGGGGACGGUGUCAGUUUCCACUGAACCAUCAGCAUUGCAUUUUUCAAACAACUGAACUGGGAACAGGCGACGAGGUAUUCGAUCAUACUAAUUGGGCUGGCAUAGUUCGGAAUCUUCGGCAACCCCUUGCGUUUGAGCCGUAGAGGUUUCUGGUCACGAGAAAAAAUCGGAUUUGCGUAACUAAAAUGAGCUCGGUGUAGCUACGCUAAGGCUAUUGCAAUUGACAGCGUCUGCAGCUCUUUCCAAGAUGGCCGCUUGGCUCGCAUUCAUUUUCUGCUGAUCGACUUCUAACUUUCAUUGUCUGUCUACUCCAGUCUCACCGACCCGCAUCAGAGUUUUUGGGUUGUUGCUCUCCAUGACGAUGCAUCGAACAACAAGAAUUAAGAUAACGGAGCUAAAUCCGCAUUUGAUGUGUGUGCUCUGCGGCGGAUAUUUCAUUGAUGCCACCACCAUCGUGGAAUGCUUGCACUCCUUCUGCAAAAUGUGCAUUGUCCGAUAUUUGGAGACCAGCAAAUACUGCCCAAUUUGCGAUGUCCAAGUACACAAAACAAAACCUCUUUUAAAUAUAAGGUCUGAUAAGACUCUUCAAGACAUAGUCUACAAGUUGGUCCCGGGUCUUUUCAAAAAUGAGAUGAAGCGACGGAGGGACUUCUAUGCUGAGCAUCCUUCAGUAGAUGCUGCAAACGGAUCAAAUGAAGACAGAGGAGAAGUGGCGGAUGAGGACAAAAGGAUAAUUACAGACGAUGAGAUAAUCAGCCUCUCCAUCGAGUUCUUUGACCAGAGCAAGAUUGAUAAACAAAGUAAUGGAGAGAAGGAGAAAGCUAAGGAGGAGAUGAAUGACAAGCGGUACUUGCAGUGUCCUGCUGCCAUGACUGUCAUGCAUCUCAGAAAAUUUCUUAGAAGUAAAAUGGAUAUUCCAUGCUCGUUCCAGAUUGAGGUAAUGUACGAAGAUGAGCCUCUGAAAGAUUACUACACAUUAAUGGACAUUGCCUACAUAUACACCUGGAGAAGGAACGGCCCCUUGCCUUUGAAGUACAGAGUCCGGCCCAGCUGCAAGAAGGUGAAGAUUAGCCACCCGCACGAGGGCCAGGGCAGCGCCACCCGCUCGGAGAUGGAGAGUGAUUCGGGGAGCGACAAGGCCAACAGCCCGGCUGGCCUGCCCUCCACCUCCUCCUCCCUGCCCAGCCCCUGCACCCCGGUCCAGUCGCCGCACCCCCACUUCCCGCACAUCUCCAGCGCCGUCAAUGGCACCUCCAUGAACCCCAGUCCCAAACGCCCACCCCUGUUCUGCAACAAAGCACGCAAGGCCUCGCUCAAUGGCUCCUCUGCCUCUUCUGGAUGACUGUCCCCAGCUGCCAACGCCAGGCUCUCCAGCUUCCUUCAUGCCAAUAUAGCUGUAUUGUAGAUGCUUUCAUUUAAAAAAGAAAAAAAAUCAUGGUUAUUAUUGUUGUUAUUGUUCUUAUGUUAUCAUACAUGUGAAAGUGUGUAGUGGAAGUCACAUUUCAAACAGUUGGAAUGAGUAUGAGGGUGCCUGUAUUUUACUAAAUUGUUUUUGGCCAAAGUAAAUCCAACACAUGAAGUAUCAUUUAGAAAGGGGUUUUUGAUAGGGAAUGUUGAGUAAAGUUUUUGAAACUUAACUUUUUGAAAUGCUGUUAUUCCAUUGGAGAGACAGACCCAGACACAAUCUUAAGUGUGGUGUUCUUGUUCCACAACUUUGAGGAUUAACAUUAAGUUUCGGUUUUUGCACAACAAGCCUGAUGCUGAGAAAGGAACCUUAAAAAUAAACACUUUGUGAUAUCACAAAAUUACCAAGAACAUUGUGCUAGGAUUAGAUGUGGGUCUGGCUUAGUUUUGUGGUUGGUUACUCUUCAUCUUUCUUUUCAUAUAAACUUGAACUCAUUUUUUAACUUCAAAUGGCAUCAUUAGAAAAAGGCAAAUAGGCUUGUUUUUUAUACACAAUUACAAUCUCAACCGUUACUUGUGAAUCCUAUAUUCCAUUAUAAAUGACACUGCCUUUGGCGAAAAAUGCAACAAAGAAAAUGAAAUGUGUAGCAUUGCCAUAGUUUCAGUGACACCCCCCUGGUCAUGUACCUGCCCUAAACGAAAAUGAAGAAAUUAAACCGCUUGACGUGAAGAUGCGUUAAUUAGAUUUCACUUGAAUAGGCCACGCCCUCAAUAUCCGUGUUAGUGGCAGUAUUAUGCUCAUAAAGCCUGUUGCGAAAAGCAAGGACGACUAGGAAGAAUACAGUUUUUGCUAUUAGUCUGGUUUUACAAUUUUAAAUAAGCUUUUCAUGCUGUGGUUUUAUUUUGUGAAACGCUCCGUUUUUAAUCAACCACCACCACAGGGCAUGAGACCAAGGUCCGGAUAGAGAAGUGUAUAUAUGACCAUUUACUUUAUUAGCUGAUAUAUAGAGGUGGAAUAAACUAACAUGUCCCAUACGUUUGGUUAUCGCAUAUUCCUCUGUAUAACCUAUACAAGAAGAAUCUUUGUUUCAAGUGUUUUGUGGUGUCUAUUCCACAGUGUUCUAAAUAUCUGUAUUUGGUCGACUGUAUGUAAAACUAUUGUAUUGUUACUGUUGCACAGUAUAAAAACGUCUAUCUAAAUAAACAUUUUACAUUUUUAUUACUUA